AUGUAAAUGGUUCCUGAAGCACAGGUUAGUACUGGGCCUUCAAGAGACCCUAGAGAAAAAAGGGAUUCUCGUAUCCUCCAAAAUCCCUUUCUAGUUCAGGGCUCCCACGGGCUCUUCUAGGUCACCAGGCUGGCCAGAAGCUUCCUUUUCCUCUCUUGGUUUUGUGCCCUCAGCGUCAGCGACAACCCCACUCCAAUUCCCUUUCUUGAACAUGAGUCUUCAGGGGAAAUCAGAAGCAGCUCUUCCUCGGACAGUUCCAUAUGUAGACCUAACAAAAGAAAACAACCUCUUUCUGAAAGUCUCCACGUUUCCCAGUCCCCCAGCUCUGGUUUGUCUCAUGCCCAUCUCUAAAAGGACAAGAGCUGUAAAACCCCUCCAGUUUUACAUUCACAAAAUAAUCAAGAAGCAUUUGUAUCUCACUAACUGGUGCCUGCUGGCCUGUGCUCUAAUAGUUAAUCUGCUUUCCAAAAAGGAUUUUGGAUUUGAUAUGCUGUCCCAACUCCUGUUCUAGAAACUAUGCAGUCCUCUGGCAAUUUCUGUUUCAGUUAGAGGAAAUGAAAAUAAGGGAAGAAUCUGGGUUUAACUGUCUGCCUCUCAGGGAUUGCUGUUCUCUGGUCCCUGAACCCAGAAUUCUGGUCUCCCUGGGACUGCCAAGGCCUACAGAGAAUCCCAAGUCCCAGUGCCUGCACAGGUUCUUGAUUCCUUGUGUUGGCAAAGGAUUGACCAGUCUAGAUGGGCCAAAGUGGUUCCAGCACCGCUGCCUACUAACCCCUGGAUUCCAUUUUAACAUCUUGAAACCGUAUUCAGAGGUGAUGGUCCAUUCUGCCAACACGAUGCUGGAGAAGUGGGAGAAGCUGUGCAUCACUCAGGACACAAGUGUGGACGUCUUUGAACACAUCAACUUGAUGGUCCUGGACAUUCUCAUGAAAUGUGCUUUCAGCAAGGAGACCAACUGCCAGAUAAACGGCACGAAUGACCCUUACGUAAAAGCAACAUUCGAACUCGGAAAAAUCAUCUUUUACCGCCUGUACAGUUUCUGGUAUCACUAUGAGCUGAUUUUCAAUUUCAGCCCUGCAGGCUCCCACUUGCACGAGUUAAGCCAAGUGCUACAUCAGUAUAUAGAAAAGAUAAUCCAGGACAGAAAGAAAUCCCUCAAGGAUGAGAGGAAUCAGGAUAACACUCAUAAGAGGAAGUAUCAGGACUUUCUGGAUAUUUUCCUUUCUGCCCAGGCUGAAAAUGGAGACAUCUUCUCAGACACUGACCUGUGGGCUGAGAUAAACGCAUUCAUGUCGGCUGGGCAUGAAAGCACAGCAGGGGCCGUCUCCUGGCUUCUCUACUGCUUGGCCCUGUACCCUGAGCAUCAGCAGAGAUGCCGGCAGGAAAUCCAGGGCAUCCUGGGGAAUGGAUCUUCAAUCACCUGGGACCACCUGGCUGAGAUGUCGUACACCACGAUGUGCAUCAAGGAGGCGCUCCGAAUGAUCCCUCCAGUCCCAUCCAUUUCCAGAGAGCUCAGCAAGCCCAUUACCUUCCCAGAUGGACGCUCCUUGCCUGCAGGAAUGACUGUCGUUCUCAGUAUUUGGGGUCUUCACCACAACCCUGCCAUCUGGGAAAACCCAAAGGUCUUUGACCCCUUGAGGUUUUCUCAGGAGAAUUCUGAGCAGAGACACUCCUAUACCUUCUUACCAUUCUCAGCUGGACCAAGGAACUGCAUCGGGCAGCAGUUUGCCAUGAUUGAGUUAAAGGUGGCUGUGGCCUCGAUUCUUCUCCGUUUCAAGGUGACCCCAGACCCCACCCGGCCUCCCAUCUUGUCACCCCAGAUUGUCCUUAAAUCCAAGAAUGGGGUCCACUUGUGCCUGAAGAAACUCUCCUAAUGAUAGAUCUGAGGGUACGGUGAUUAAAUGUGUUUUGUUUUGUUUUGUUUUAAAGUUAAAUUGUAGCUAACAGUCCAAGCAAAUGGAGAGGAAUCAAAGUGUGGUAGGAAUG